CCUCGAAGGGAGCCUGCCAGCAACUCCUGCAGAGACCUGAAGGUGUUGAGCUUCAGCUGAGGAUGGCAGGAGAUUCUCGAGUCCUCAUGGACCACAACAUGGAGAUAGGAGUCACGCCGGCACAGGUGAAGAAGCUUCCUAAACACUUGAGGGAGGCUCAGAUCUCGACAGAGCGAACCCAUUUGAUUUCCGAUCCUGCGAAGAAGCCACGUCAGCGAUACGUGCAGAAGGACGGCAAGUGCAAUGUGCACCACGGAAACGUGCAAGAGACCUACCGAUACCUCAGUGACUUGUUCACUACGCUGGUGGACCUACGCUGGCGUCUUAGUCUCUUUAUUUUCACCUUGGUCUAUGUAGUCAACUGGCUUUUCUUUGGCUUCCUGUGGUGGCUGAUAGCGCUCAUCCGUGGGGAUCUGGUGCACGCUGAUGAGGAGGGCUGGACCCCCUGUGUGGAGAACCUCAACAGUUUUGUCUCAGCCUUCCUCUUUUCCAUUGAAACGGAGACCACCAUUGGGUAUGGUUAUCGUGUAAUCACAGAAAAAUGCCCCGAGGGGAUCAUACUGCUCUUGGUGCAGGCCAUCUUGGGUUCCAUUGUUAACGCCAUGAUGGUGGGCUGCAUGUUUGUCAAGAUCUCACAGCCAAAGAACCGCGCCGAGACCCUCAUGUUCUCUCAGAAUGCUGUCAUAUCGGUGCGAGACAACAAGCUGUGCCUGAUGUUUCGGGUGGGGGACCUGAGGAACUCUCACAUCGUGGAGGCGUCGAUCAGAGCGAAGCUGAUCCGCUCGCAGCAGACCAAGGAGGGGGAGUUCAUCCCGCUCAACCAGACGGACAUCAACAUCGGCUUCGACACGGGAGACGACCGACUAUUCCUGGUGUCGCCGCUCAUCAUAUCCCACGAGAUCAACGAGAAGAGCCCCUUCUGGGAGAUGACGAUGGCGCAAAUGGAGAAGGAGGAGUUCGAGAUUGUGGUUAUCCUGGAGGGCAUGGUGGAGGCCACAGGGAUGACGUGCCAGGCGCGGAGCUCCUACCUGGACACAGAGGUGCUGUGGGGCUACCGCUUCACGCCGGUGCUGUCUCUGGAGAAAGGUUUCUACGAGGUCGACUACAACAACUUCCACGACGUCUACGAGACCAACACGCCCAGCUGCAGCGCCAAGGAGCUGGCGGCGAAGCUCCGCGAGGGGCCCCUGUUGCCUCAGCUCUCGCUCCUCAGCCCGGAGCCCAAAACGCACACUUUUGACCCCCUGGAGCACCUGUCUGACCGGGACCCCCUGAGCCCAGACGAGGACAAAGACGAGAGAGACUCAGGAGAAACCAAUGGCUCGGCUGCAGCUCUGGAGGCCCCGCCCCUUUCUGACGGACUGCCUGAUUGACAUUAGAGCUUAAAAAUCCCAGGAAAGAGCGGACAAAGAGGGCCCAGGACGAUAUAACGCUUCAUUUAGUCAAUGGCCAGCUUGUUCCUUUGCAACGCCUGGAGACACGAGACAUCCGUCUCCAGCCCCCGACUCAUGCAAUACUCCUCUACUAGAGUGUCAAUCUAUAGUAUAGAUUGGUUUUGUAGACACGUAAGUACACAUACACGGACACACACGUACAGUAUCUAUAUCUACACUUAAAGGUCGGUGGUUCAGAUUGUCUUUUUAUAAUCCUAACGACCACACUGUAAAAAUGUCCCGUUGUUUUUACAGGAAAAAACUGGCAGCUGUGGUUACCAGAAUA